UCGCACAUGGAUAACCCCUUAAAAACCAGGCAAGAACGUUGUUACCCCGUCAAUAUCAUUUGCUAUUUCUCUGCAUAAAUAAAAAUGAGGGAAGGAGGAGGGGAUGUGUUGUCAUGGCCUCUUCUCAAAGAUCAAGAAAAGAAAAGUAGUGUGAAGGAAGAAGUGAAGAAGCAGCUAUGGCUAUCGGGUCCGCUAAUGGGAGUGAGUCUUCUUCAGUAUUGUCUACAAGUCAUCUCCGUCAUGUUCGUCGGCCAUCUUGGCUCUCUUCCUCUCUCCACCGCCUCCUUAGCCACCUCUUUCGCAUCUGUCACCGGUUUCAGCUUUCUCAUGGGAACAGCAAGUGCGUUAGAUACACUUUGUGGCCAAUCGUACGGAGCGAAGAAGUACGGAAUGUUGGGGAUACAAAUGCAAAGAGCAAUGUUUGUUCUUACACUACUAUCUGUUCCUCUCUCCAUCAUCUGGUAUAACACAGAGCACUUCCUCGUCUUCUUCGGGCAAGACAAAUCCAUUGCUUCACUCGCUGGCUCCUAUGCAACAUUCAUGAUCCCAAGCAUCUUCGCCUACGGUCUACUUCAAUGCUUAAACAGGUUUCUUCAGGCGCAGAACAAUGUGUUUCCUGUGGUCCUCUGCUCUGGAAUAACCACUUGUCUUCACGUCCUCCUUUGUUGGGUCUUGGUUCUGAACUCGAGUUUAGGGUUUAAGGGAGCUGCUGUGGCUAACUCUAUCUCGUAUUGGCUGAAUGCUCUUCUCCUAUUCUCCUACGUCAAGCUAUCGCCUUCUUGCUCACUGACUUGGACCGGUUUUUCUAAGGAGGCUCUACAAGACAUCAUCCCUUUUACGAGACUAGCUAUUCCUUCUGCACUUAUGGUUUGCUUGGAGAUGUGGUCCUAUGAGCUUGUUGUUCUCUUAUCAGGUCUUCUUCCAAACCCAGUUAUUGAAACUUCUGUUCUCUCAAUCUGCGUUAACACAUCAGGAAUAGUUUGGAUGAUCCCGUUUGGUCUUAGUGGCGCUGCAAGCACCAGGGUAUCAAAUGAGCUAGGAGCAGGAAAUCCAAGAGUGGCUAAGCUUGCAGUGCAUGUGGUCAUUUGCUUAGCAAUUGUAGAAAGUAUAGUGAUUGGAUUGAUUUUGAUAGUGGUAAGGAAUCUAUGGGGAAUGGCUUACAGUAGUGAACCAGAAGUAGUCAAUUACAUAGCCUCGAUGAUGCCGAUUCUCGCCUUAGGCAAUUUCAUAGACAGUAUUCAAUGUGUUCUCUCAGGGGUCGCUAGAGGAUGCGGGUUGCAGAAGAUAGGAGCAUUGGUGAAUCUUGGCUCAUAUUAUUUGUUUGGAUUACCUUCGGGAUUGUUACUUGGUUUUCACUUUCACUUUCGUGGUCGGGGGCUUUGGCUUGGAAUCAUAUGCGCAAUGGUUGUUCAAGUUAUAUGUCUUUCACUUGUCACCAUCUUUACAAAUUGGGAUGAAGAGGCCGAGAAAGCUUCAAAAAGAAUUCAGUCUUCUUCUUCAGAUGUGAAGGAUGCUUUAACCGAUAACGACUCAACUGUUGUCUUCUAAGAAACCUUAUAACUAUGGAGAUCACUAAUUAUACAUUUUGAUUAAUUUGAAUAAAAGAAUAAAUGCUUUCUUUGAAUAUAACAAGUCCAUGGUUGUCACUUAUAUAUUCUUAUUUUUUUUGUCACUUCACUUAUAUAUUCAAAAUAUUAAGCUUUUUAUUUUAGAAAGUGAAAAUCAUUAUAUC